CCAAACAACUGGAACCUCCUUGGAAAGAGCUUCAGCCUUCUAAGCUUAAGCCUCGUUUUCCUUUCUCAUCAUCUAAACAUCAACCAAAUAAUUACCCGAAAAAGGCUCGAUAAUACCAUGCGUCUCUCUAGGACUGCCGCGGCGCUGGCGGCUUGCUGCGCUUCCGCAAACGCGUUCUCGGAUUCAUCCCCCUUCAUCCUAUUCUCGACGACUAAGUUGGAACAGCCGGCGAACCAAGCACAAAUACAGUCCAACGGAGAGGUUUCUGCCACCGUUCAGAAGCUCCUUUCGGGAUGUCCGACCGAACGAUACCUCAUUGUAUCCCAGCCGAAUCUCAACGCGAACGACCUAAGCGCAAGGGAUGUGGUACCAAAUCUUCGUCGAUCGUUAGAGAAGGUCCAGUCCCGUUAUACCGUCACAGAGGUGGCUGGACAGCUGAACUUGAAGGAGGUAUCGGACCAUAUCCAGGCAUCUUGCGAAGGAGUAGUGCAGCCAUUCAUUGAUGAGCUUGAGCUCGCUCCUCUUCCAUCGACGAAUGCCGUCCGGACGCUAAAGGACAACGAUGGCGAGCUUGGUAUGGUUCUAGAACAAUACGAGAGAGAGGGUUCCUACACAAUUAUCUACGCUGGUGGCCCUCGAAAGGAGACCCCCAAGACCUAUAACGCUGAGUUCCCAGGUGCCGUACACCAGGAACUAAAGAGAAACCUACAUCUUAUUCAACAACGGGCUAAGAACAACUCUCAAAAUUUACCUCUAUUCGAGAAGUACCAGUACUUUACCCCAGGUAUCUUCACGGCUCUAAUCGCUGCUACUAUCCUUAUUUCUAUCCUAUAUGUCGGCCUCCUCGGCGUUGCCAGCCUCGAAGUCCCCUACGGCGCCUUCGACAAGGAGAUGGGACCUGCUGCGCAAAAGAAGCAGCAGUAGACGAAACAUCUAAACCGAAACGGAUUAGUCCAGUCUAGUGGACGAUGUAUCGAGGCUGUAAUUUACGUAGUGUACUAUUGGGUCAUCGGAGUCCGGGUAACGGGUAGUAUAGAAGUUUGAAUGAGACUUCGUUCACGGCAAUGCAUUAUUUAGCAGAUGGAAGGAGACUGUAGAUAUACGCAACUAGAAAUCGAAUUGACCAGAACUUUUCCCCUUGCCCAUGAUAUUUCCACCAUACAUCCUGAUCACACGUCCGUAUCCCGUUCGCGUUUUUGUUUGACUCCGGAACGCCUUCAUAAACCCUUCGGCCGCCUUAGUGGUAUCAA